GUUCAUUAAAGCCUACUAAACACCCGAUAGUUAUUUCAUUAGUUUUAUUUAGUUCUCGCUUAGCCGCGGUCAAGGAAGGUCGCGUUGUCACACCGCAACCGUCACGGACCAGACACAUGACAUCCUCGCGUGACCUAUGCUAACAUAUCGGCCUUUACGAAAACAAUAGCGUGAUAAAAACAAACACCUCGGUGCUCUGAUUCGCGUUAAUGAUCGUCUGUACAGUAAAGUAACGGCUAAGAACCUGGUAAACGUGGACAUAGCAGUCACAUAAAUGCCUGGUGAAUUUAAACAUUGGUUUAAUAUACCUAAGAACCUGGUGAAUGUGACCAUAACAGCAAAGACCAAAGUGACAGUGGAAAUCGUAUAAACAUAGGAACUCAGUCUAGCAAUUGAAGUAACUGAAGAACCCUGGUGAAAGUGAACAUUAUAAUAAAAUAAAAACCUGGUGGCUAUGUGUAUUGACUAUAGUCACAAAUAUAACCAAGAAUUUUAUAAAACUUAACUAACUAAAAGAUUAUCACACAGACAUACUUGGAUCGGACCUAGUAUUAUUGGUUUUUGAAUAAGUAUAAACGGUAUUAAUGUUCAUAAUUGGAAUGUAUUCAAUUACUUAAAAUCGUAUCUAUUUAUUAUCAUUUGUCGAAUGUUGAGUGUUGCGUUCAGUGGUUGAUAACGGUUGGAUGUGGUGACACUCUUAACUUUUCGUGAUUGGAAGAUGCCAGCUCUUGGCUGUGAGAUGGCGGCUUCACAAGACUUCUGCGGGCCGCGGUACUGCCCAGGAAUUGACUAUGUACUACCAGGAUCUUAUAUGUGGGAGAAGCAUCAGAAUAACCCAUUUUCAAUCCACGCGCAUAAAACUCCUCCGGAAAAUGAGCAAUCCAUCAACCCGUUGCCAAAAUAUAGCACAGAUAGUGAUAUGCAACUAGAGACCAGUAGCAGUGAGGCGAGUGCAACAAGUUCUAUAACGCUGUCGCAGCACUGCGCCAUAUGUGGAGACCGAGCCACAGGCAAGCACUACGGGGCGUCAUCGUGCGACGGGUGUAAAGGCUUCUUUAGACGCAGCGUUAGAAAGAAUCAUCUGUACACUUGCAGAUUCAGUAGAAAUUGCGUGGUAGACAAAGACAAAAGAAAUCAAUGCAGAUACUGUAGGCUAAGGAAAUGUUUCAAAGCUGGCAUGAAAAAAGAAGCCGUACAAAAUGAACGAGACCGCAUCAACUGCAGGCGGCCGUCGUACGAGGAGCCCACACAGGCCAACGGGCUGUCGGUAGUUUCGCUACUAAAUGCCGAGCUUCUCAGCAGAAAGGUCAUAGAUGAAACAAACAACGUGACGGACGCAGAGAUCAACAACCGCAAGCUGGCCAAGAUCAACGACGUGUGCGACUCCAUCAAGCAGCAGCUACUCAUCCUCGUGGAGUGGGCCAAGUAUAUCCCCGCCUUCACAGAACUGCAUCUCGACGACCAGGUGGCGCUGUUACGCGCGCACGCGGGCGAGCACCUGCUGCUGGGCUGCGCGCGACGAUCCUUACACCUCUCCGACGUACUCCUUCUGGGCAACAACUGCAUCAUCGCCAAACACCACAUCGACGGCAGAAUGGACAUCGACAUCAGCAUGAUCGGCAUCCGCGUGAUGGACGAGAUCGUGAAGCCGCUGCGCGAGAUCGACAUCGACGACACGGAGUUCGCGUGCCUCAAGGCCAUCGUGUUUUUUGACCCCAACGCGAAAGGCCUCUCCCAACCACAGAAAAUCAAGCAACUCCGCUAUCAAAUCCAAAUCAACCUGGAGGACUACAUCAGCGACCGUCAGUACGACGGGCGCGGCCGCUUCGGCGAGUUGCUGCUCUGCCUGCCGCCGCUGCAGAGCAUCACGUGGCAGAUGAUCGAGCAGAUCCAGUUCGCGAAGCUGUUCGGAGUCGCGCACGUGGACAGCUUGUUGCAGGAGAUGCUGCUCGGGGGUGCGUCAACAGAGGCGUCGCUGGAGGAGGCGGGCGCGGAAGCGGGUGCUUCGCCGGGUGCCGCGUCGCCGCCGCUCGUGCCACAGCUGCCGCUGCCCGAGCCCGCGCUGUUCGAUGCCGCGCCCUUCAAGCAGGAGCCCAACGCGAGUCCUGAGCAUCCAUCCCGAGUCAUGAAGCCAGCGGAAAUGACACUUUUAUAGUUGUCUACAGAUCGCCAUAGGAAUAUAAAGUAUGAAAUGAUAGGGACACGAGGCAUUAUUGUUAUUAUUUAUACUUGAAAUAUUAUGUCUAAAAAGUUAUUUUAAAAGAAAUAAUGUGUAAAAAUAUCAGGCAGCUGCAUUGUAAUACAAAGGUACAGGAGGUAUUCGACCGAAAUUAAAUCUUUAUCUGUCGAUAUAAAUAAAUAAUAAAAAUAUUUUUAUACAAUUAAACUUACAAGUAGUUUUGAAUCGUUAAAUGCAUCUACUCAUAAGUUAGUAACGUUAUUAUUCGUUAAAGGGGCCAUAUAAUUUUUGACAAAUAUAACGUUGCACGGUAACAUUACGACAGACUACAGAUUGAUUAACAUUAUUUUCGUCUGUAAGUCAUGAAUUGAUUGAAAAAAUCAGGUGGUUACCAGAUAUGCAGUAUGCAUGUAAUUACGCAGUAAACAUGAUAACUAUGUGCUCUGUUAUAUCAACGUUAGUUAUACAAACUUAUUUAUGUAUAUUAUGGUUAUGUUAACUGACAUAACUGGUUUUGUAAAUGCAUUUUGCAUGUUUUUAAAUGAAAGUAUCAAAAUAAACUUACUUACAUAAUAAUAUUAUGUAUUUUUAACCAACCUCAAAGUAAUAAUUCAGCUGUAUAAUGUAUAUUUUUUUAUACACAUUUAAUAUACUUACAAAAGUGUUUUGUAUUAAAGCUUUUAUACAAACCAAAUUUGGAAACUAUAUUUUAGGAAUUAAGUUAUGGAUGUGAAAGUGAAAAAUUAUUUAUUGUCAGUCGGCUGUGUGAAUAAAUCAUAUUUUUGACGAGUUAUGGUAUAAACAAUAUACAUAUUGUAGAAUUGAAAUAAGAGUACGAGAGAUCCAUGUUUCUUGGCAACCUAUCAGCUUAGUUAUAAAUAUCCUCGAAAUAGUCAUAGUUUGUUGUAAAAAAAAAGAAAUACCAGUUACAAAUAUUUUUAUAUACUUUUUUGGAAACUGAAUAAUUCUACCUACUAGUAAAUUAAAGUUUGCACAAAGAACAACAACAACAACGCAACUUUGUCGCAACAAUGCAACUUUGUUGCAACAAAAGCGCAAUUUGCGCAACAAAUAGAAAGGCUCGUUCAGGGAGAGGGCUAGUCGCGUCGUGCGUUUUCUCUGUUCUGUCUAAACCUUACUUGAGAGGCAGCGCGUUAAUCAGCGAGCAGGGCCCGCGAAAUUGUACAAACCAAAUAAAAACAAACAUAAUAUGGCGAAAUGUGGUCCUGUUUAUGUAAUCGCGGGGUGUGGUGCGGUGCAUGAGAAACAAUAGUUUUAACAACAGUUUUGGCAGGUUUCUUCGGACAUUUCACAAUGCAUACUUACGUGUUUUGCAAUAUAGUUCGGUUUUAUUAACAUAUUACUGGAAGAUAUAUAUUUUUUUAAGUUACCAGUCCCUGAAACUAGCGACAACUAGCGUCCCCUACCCUGUUAUCGCUAGAUAUCAAACAAAACGCUUGUAAACACGAUUCUACAUGAACGCUCUCAUAAUACAGGCGGUUGAUUUAACCGCACGACACGGCGCUAGACGCGCCGCGCAACACCCCGCGUCUCCCUGAACGAGCCCUAAACGGUUCUCAAAAUUUUUAAUUUAUACUAUACAGAUUAUAAUUAGUUACCAUUAUUAAUAGAUAGAAUGUAGGUGAUGGUAAUGAAUUUGGUGUUUUCUUUUUUCUAAGAAUUGUUUGCAUGAUUUAUUACGAAUGUGGAGCGGGGCUUAUUUGACACUGGUGGCCUUUGAGUUAGUUAAGUUAGUUAUAAUAAUAUCAGUUGAACACACACACACGCACAACAGACGGAAACGUUUAAGUGCGGAAACCAGCCCAGAGAGAAGAAUCAGUUGAACACAAAAAUUGACAAAAAAAAAAAACUACUCUACGAGUUAAAAUGACUGUUUUGUUUCUACUCACUAUACAAUUUAUGUUAAAUCUGUUUGACUUCACAAGGCUUCAUUAGUAUUUACUCGUUUUUGACUGGUCACCUCAAUGCUGCCAAAUAUAAGUACCCCUGAACGUCUUGGAAGUGUGGAUAUAGAUAUAAGUAUCUCAUAUAUGCUACAAUAGGAAAUUAUAUUUAAAUCUACUUUUAUACCUACUAAUAUAACUGUAGUAGACUGAAUACAAAACGGCAUCGGCAGUGUUUAUUGUUAGCUUAUUUUUGUACCACUAUUAAUGCUCAAUGUAUUCUUAUUAACGGAUAGGGUGGUAUCAGAGUAUGGUGAAAGUUUAUUUUAUUAGGUAGUAAAAUGGGUUUGUCUGUAGACUUACAGCUACGUGUAAUAGGUGCCUUAUUUUCCUAGAGGUGUAUUGUUGAUGUACAUACCAUGUUAUGAAUUGUUUUUAGAAUAUAUUUGACAAAUAAAAAAAUCUGUUAUAA